AUGCCUUCUGGAUCAAACAUGAAUGACUUGCUGAAGGUGCCCCUGGUGCACGUCCUCACCCUGGCAGCCCUCAGCUUGGCUGAGACACUCCUGAAAGCUCCCUUGAUCACCACUCCUUUGGAAACAGUGGAUGCACUAGUAGAGGAUGUGGCCAAGUUUGUCUGCGUAGUGGAGUCGUAUCCUGAGCCGGAGAUUACGUGGACACGCAACAGCAUUCCCAUCAGGCUGUUUGACACGCGGUACAGCAUACAGAGGAACGGGCAGCUCCUGACCAUCCUGAGCGUGGAGGACAGCGAUGAUGGGGUGUACUGCUGCACAGCAGAUAACGGGGUUGGAGCAGCUGCACAGAGCUGUGGGGCUCUCCAGGUGAAAAUGCGACCCAAAAUAACCCGACCACCUGUAAAUGUGGAAAUAAUAGAAGGCUUAAAGGCUGUUCUUCCAUGUGUCACAAUGGGGAACCCAAAACCUUCUGUUUCAUGGGUCAAAGGAGAAACAGUUGUAAAGGAGACUGCUCGCAUUGCUGUCCUCGAUUCAGGGAAUUUAAGGAUACACAAUGUUCAGAGAGAAGAUGCAGGACAGUAUCGUUGUGUAGCCAAGAACAGUCUGGGCACAGCCUAUCAACUAGCACCUUUGUCUUCUCUUGCAGUGUUUGCCAGAAUCCUGAAGGCUCCCGAAUCCCAAAAUAUCACCUUUGGUUCUGUGGUGACCUUGCGGUGCACAGCAACCGGCCUUCCAGUCCCUACUGUCACCUGGCUGGAAAAUGGGAAAGCUGUUUCUGCAGGGUCUGUAAUGGAAAGUGUCAAGGACAGAGUGGUUGAUUCCAGACUGCAGGUGUAUGUCACCCGACCUGGCCUGUUCACUUGCCUCGCCACGAACAAACACAGCAAAACUUUCGGAGCUGCAAAAGCAGCAGCAACCAUCAGCAUUUCAGAGUACAAGCUGUACAAGGGUGAUGCAGGUUACUGCAGCACUUACAGAGGUGAGGUGUGCAGUGCUAUCUUGGCGAAGAAUGCUCUUGUUUUCUUCAACUCCUCCUAUGCUGACCCAGAGGAGACCCAAGAGCUGCUUGUGCACACUGCCUGGACUGAACUGAAAAUGGUGAGUUCAUUCUGCCAACCGGCUGCUGAGUCUCUGCUGUGUAACUACAUCUUCCAGGAGUGCAAUCCCUCCGGAGCUGGGCCAGCUCCAAAACCAGUGUGCAGAGAGAAUUGCCUUGCUGUAAAGGAUCUCUACUGCUUUAAGGAAUGGCUCUCAAUGGAGGAAAACUCUCAGAAGGGGAUUUACAAGCCAGGGCUGAUGUUGCUCACUCUUCCCGAAUGCAACAGGCUGCCCAGCCUGCAUGAGGACCCCAGCUCCUGCAUACACAUCCCUUUCUUUGAUUUUAAGAAGGAGAAUAUAACAAGGACUUGCUACAGUGGCAAUGGCCAGUUUUACCAGGGCUGGGCCAACAUCACGGCCUCCGGCAUUCCCUGCCAGAAGUGGAGUGACCAGGCUCCCCACUUGCACAGGAGGACUCCUCAGGUUUUUCCUGAGCUGUCUGAUGCUGAGAAUUACUGCCGCAAUCCAGGAGGUGAGAAUGAACGUCCCUGGUGCUACACAAAGGACCCAGCCGUGACCUGGGAAUACUGCAGCGUGUCUCCCUGUGGAGAUGCAUUGUUAUCACUAGGAACAAGAAAACCAAAUGGAGAGACUCUAAAUCUCCCCCCUUCUCCUCCCUUUUCCCCUACGUACUCCAUGACUGUCAUCAUCUCGAUUAUCUCCAGCUUUGCUCUGGUUGGGAUCUUUGGCAUUGUCACUCUGGUUUGCUGCCGUCAUCGAAAGCAGUGGAAAACCAAAAAAAGAGAUUCCGAGACACCAACGCUCACUACUCUGCCCUCUGAACUACUUCUGGACCGGCUGCACCCCAACCCAAUGUACCAGCGCAUGCCCCUCCUCCUCAAUCCAAAACUGCUUAGCCUGGAGUAUCCCAGGAACAAUAUAGAAUAUGUGAGAGAUAUUGGGGAAGGAGCAUUUGGGAGAGUCUUCCAAGCCAGGGCCCCAGGGCUGCUGCCAUACGAGCCUUUCACAAUGGUGGCAGUGAAGAUGCUGAAGGAGGAAGCAUCCGCAGACAUGCAGGCUGACUUUCAGAGGGAAGCAGCUCUCAUGGCAGAGUUUGACAAUCCAAAUAUUGUCAAGCUUUUAGGUGUGUGCGCUGUUGGGAAACCCAUGUGCCUUCUGUUCGAGUACAUGGCCUACGGGGAUCUAAAUGAGUACCUGCGUGACCGCUCCCCCCGCAACCUCUGCAGCCUGGCACACAGCAGUCUGGACACAAGGAUUCGCCUCCCUAACCCCCUGGCUCUGUGCUGCAACAGCCAGCUCUGCAUUGCCAAGCAGGUUGCUGCUGGCAUGGCAUACCUCUCUGAGCGCAAAUUUGUCCACCGGGAUUUGGCCACCAGGAACUGUCUCGUUGGGGAGAACAUGGUGGUCAAAAUUGCUGAUUUUGGUCUUUCAAGGAACAUGUAUUCAGCUGACUAUUACAAAGCGAACGAGAAUGAUGCCAUCCCCAUCCGCUGGAUGCCUCCCGAGUCCAUUUUCUACAACCGCUACACCACAGAGUCUGAUGUGUGGGCCUAUGGAGUGGUGCUGUGGGAGAUCUUCUCCUAUGGCAUGCAGCCCUACUAUGGGAUGGCUCACGAAGAGGUCAUCUACUAUGUGAGGGAUGGGAACGUCCUCUCCUGCCCGGACAAUUGUCCCCUGGAGCUGUACAACCUGAUGCGGCUCUGCUGGAGCAAGCUGCCUGCUGACCGGCCAAGCUUUGCCAGUAUCCACCGCAUCUUGGAGCGCAUGUAUGAGAGGGCUGUGGCCAACAUGUCGGUCUGAGGAGUGCGUUUUCUUGCACUUCCUUCAUCUCCUGUGUCCACCUACCCAGACUGACUUGGACCAGCCCAUGAGAUCCUGAAUGAUGGUGGCUUCACACAAAUCCCACUUUGGGGGAAAAGAAACAGCUUGUUCUUCUACCAAGCAAGAGUUGUGGACUGCAUCCCCUUAGGCACCUCCCUGGGUGGGACUGUACCUCCAAAACAACAGGGCUGAUGUCUGGCCACCAAGCCAAGACUCCUUAAGUUGGUGAAGAUGUACCUAUAUUAAGCAUUUCCAGGAGCACAGAGUUCCCUAGGGAAUGCAAACAAUGUUUCAAUGGUGGUACUUCUCUUCCUAAUGGGUCUGUCCAUGUCUUUCUGCAUUUAUGCUCUUGGCUUUUGCCUUUUUCUUCCCUUUCUCAUAUGUUUUCAAGUAUGGUUUAAAA